UCCCGCUGCUUCCUCUUCAUUCAAGGCGCGGCUCAGGAACAGGUGCGCGGAUUCACCUUUGUGUUCGUCGGUAUAUAACCUACAAAAGACUCGCCGGAUAAAUAGCAGAGGACUUUAUUUUAAGAGACUUUUCCGUAUUUAUUUUGUGGAGAAAACUUACCUUUUCUACAGGUGGACUCUGUUUUUUGUUGCUUUUGAGAUUAGCUCAGAUCGAUCGGAACAGGUGCAAUGGCAAACUCGGGUCUUCAGAUUUUAGGCUUUUCCCUGGCUCUUUUGGGCCUAAUUGGACUCAUCAUUGGCACAAUCCUUCCCCAGUGGAAGAUGUCUGCUUAUGUUGGAGACAACAUCAUUACUGCGGUGGCCAUGUAUGAAGGACUGUGGAUGUCGUGCGCGUUUCAGAGCACAGGCCAAAUCCAGUGCAAAGUGUACGACUCCAUCCUACAGCUCAACAGUGCCCUCCAGGCAACCCGCGCCCUCAUGAUUGUGAGCAUUAUUGUAACGGUCGCUGGUUUGGGUGUAGCCUGUAUGGGAAUGAAAUGCACCACCUGUGGAGGAGAUGACAAGACAAAGAAAUCCAAGAUUGCAAUGACUGGUGGAAUUGUCCUGGUGAUCGGAUCAUUAUGCUCAAUUGUUGCCUGCUCGUGGUAUGCUCAUGACAUUAUCCAAGCCUUCUACAACCCCUUCACCCCUGUCAACACAAAGUAUGAGUUUGGUUCUGCUAUCUUCAUUGCUUGGGCUGGAGCCUUCCUUGUCAUCAUUGGGGGUGGAAUGCUGGCUGCGUCUUGUCCACGGGGCAAAUCUGCAUCUGCACCCAGGUAUCCCCGAGCUCCCAGCAGCAGCAAGGAGUACGUGUAAACAAGACAGGACUGUGUUGCAAGGCUCGAGGAACACUUUGACAUUCCAACUAGUCCACCUGAGAAUGACCAGUUGUACGGCAGGCAGAAUUUUAUCGCCUCCUUAGCUUUUGAACUUUCAGGGUUACCCUGUGUUGUUACUGUAACUUUAACACAUUCAUAUUUUUAAUACCGGUUGACUUAAUAUUUUAUCAGCUUUGUCUUGUAGUCCAGUGCUCACCUGAGUACACAGUCUAGUAUACUUCAAAAUGCCACAUAAAGCACUAAAGUGGUGCACAUUAUAGAUCUCGGUGUGGAAGGUUUUCAUUCGUGUUAAUCAACUUUGGACAACUAUUUGAGUGCACUGAAUAAAUCUCCAUUUAGACAGUCCCUAAAUGAUUUGACACUGCAACCGAGGUCAUCUUGUCGCGUUAAAACCAUUGAAAUGUGCCUUAUUUAUGCCCAGUACGGUUGACAUUGUAAUCAAUGCCUUAAUAGUUUUGUAAGUAGAUCAUGCUGGAUUGUUAACUUGAGGACAUCAUGUUGUGCCACAAUGGAGGCUCUAAUCGGCAAAAUGUAAUAUGUGAAUAGGCCAUUUCUGCCCUCCAGAAAAUGCUGUUUUUUUUUUUUUAAUGUUAUUUGUUUUGUUGUAUAUUAAUAAAAAAAAAAAUUAUA